CUGCUUGGCGGACGCUGGCCCUGUCUCCCAAAUCCUUGUAGAGGGCCUAGACUCUUCUCCUGGGAUACUUUGAGGAGGGGUUAGCACUGGCACUGUGGGGCACAGCACUACUCUAUCACUCUCUCAAGCCCCCUGGUGACUCCAAGUUUGCCAACUUCUUGACUCAGUCACUGACGGGGGUCCCAGGAGUCCGGGCCCGGAAGGAGCUUGCAGAUUUGGAGGGUUCGCGAGUCAGCAGCAUCGCUUCCCCUCCCCAAACGUGUCCCCCACCCCCCNCCCCCCCCACCGGCCACUGUCCUGGAGGCAGCAGCUGCAGCAGCGGCAACUGCUCGCAUCCCAGCCGGGCUCGGGUUACCGCCUUCUUCUUCUAGCAUAUCCAGCCAGACAGGGAAAAGCUUGUUCAAGUUUGCAGCAGGACUCAGUCUCUGUGCAUGAGAACCUGGGGCUCCGGGACGGGCCUGCUCCCCCGCGUCCCCACCUCCAGAAUUUAAACAAGACCCGCAAACAUUGCUUUCUCCCAGGACUCUGCUUGGAAACCAGCAGCCGCUGUUGGGAACAGAUUUUGAACAGAUUUUGCUGGAGUGGGUGAAGACCAGGGGAAAACAGGUUGCGCUGCCAAUCACAGCAUUUCAGGACCCGAUUGCUCUUCACAGAAAAUGGCGAUUUCUUCAAGCUCGUGCCUGGGCCUCAUCUGCUCACUGCUUUAUCACUGGAUGGGGACAGCAUCCUCCCUGAACCUGGAAGACCCCAACGUAUGCAGCCACUGGGAAAGCUACUCGGUGACUGUGCAGGAGUCGUAUCCACAUCCCUUCGAUCAGAUCUACUACACAAGCUGCACUGACAUCCUGAACUGGUUUAAAUGCACGCGGCACAGAAUCAGCUACCGGACAGCCUACCGCCACGGGGAGAAAACCAUGUAUAGACGCAAAUCCCAGUGUUGCCCAGGAUUUUAUGAAAGCCGAGACAUGUGUGUCCCUCACUGUGCUGAUAAAUGUGUCCAUGGUCGCUGCAUUGCUCCAAACACCUGUCAGUGUGAGCCUGGCUGGGGUGGGACCAACUGUAGCAGUGCUUGUGAUGGUGAUCACUGGGGGCCUCACUGCAGCAGUCGAUGUCAGUGCAAAAACAGAGCUUUGUGUAACCCCAUCACCGGUGCUUGCCACUGCGCUGCAGGCUACCGGGGAUGGCGCUGCGAGGACCGUUGUGAACAGGGCACGUACGGUAACGACUGUCACCAAAGAUGCCAGUGUCAGAAUGGAGCGAUUUGUGACCACAUCACUGGGGAAUGCCGUUGUUCACCUGGGUACACUGGAGCCUUCUGUGAGGAUCUUUGUCCUCCUGGCAAACAUGGUCCACAUUGCGAGCAGAGGUGUCCCUGCCAAAAUGGAGGCGUGUGCCACCAUGUCACUGGAGAGUGCUCAUGCCCUUCUGGUUGGAUGGGCACAGUGUGUGGUCAGCCCUGCCCUGAGGGUCGCUUUGGAAAGAACUGUUCCCAAGAAUGCCAGUGUCACAAUGGAGGAACGUGUGACGCUGCCACAGGCCAGUGUCACUGCAGCCCAGGAUACACAGGGGAACGGUGUCAGGACGAAUGUCCUGUUGGGACCUAUGGAGUUCGCUGUGCUGAGACCUGCAGGUGUGUCAACGGAGGCAAGUGUUACCACGUGAGUGGCACAUGCCUGUGUGAAGCAGGCUUUGCGGGUGACCUUUGCGAGGCACGCCUGUGUCCAGAGGGGCUUUACGGCAUCAAAUGUGACAAGCGGUGCCCCUGCCACCUGGACAACACUCAUAGCUGUCAUCCCAUGUCUGGAGAGUGUGGCUGCAAGCCGGGUUGGUCAGGACUGUACUGUAAUGAAACAUGCUCCCCUGGAUUCUACGGGGAGGCUUGCCAACAGAUCUGCAGCUGCCAGAACGGGGCGGACUGCGACAGUGUGACGGGAAGGUGUGCCUGUGCUCCAGGAUUCAAAGGGACUGACUGCUCUACUCCGUGUCCUCUGGGACGCUAUGGGAUAAAUUGUUCUUCUCGCUGUGGCUGUAAAAAUGAUGCUGUCUGUUCUCCUGUGGAUGGAUCAUGUAUCUGUAAGGCAGGCUGGCACGGGGUGGACUGUUCCAUCCGCUGCCCCAGUGGCACAUGGGGCUUUGGCUGUAACCUAACAUGUCAGUGCCUCAAUGGCGGUGCCUGCAACACGCUGGAUGGGACCUGCACCUGUGCGCCCGGAUGGCGAGGCGCGAAGUGUGAAUUUCCCUGCCAGGAUGGCACUUAUGGGCUGAACUGUGCCGAGCGCUGUGACUGCAGCCAUGCAGAUGGCUGUCACCCCACUACAGGCCAUUGCCGCUGCCUCCCUGGAUGGUCAGGUGUGCACUGUGACAGUGUGUGCGCUGAGGGACGCUGGGGUCCUAACUGCUCGCUGCCCUGCUACUGUAAAAACGGGGCUUCGUGUUCUCCGGAUGAUGGCAUCUGUGAGUGUGCACCCGGAUUCCGAGGCACCACUUGCCAGAGAAUCUGCUCCCCCGGUUUUUAUGGACAUCGCUGUAGCCAGACCUGCCCGCAGUGUGUGCACAGCAGCGGGCCCUGCCACCACAUCACGGGCCUGUGUGACUGCUUACCUGGCUUCACCGGUGCCCUGUGCAAUGAAGUGUGUCCCAGUGGCAGAUUUGGGAAAAACUGUGCAGGCGUUUGUACCUGCACCAACAAUGGCACCUGUAACCCCAUCGACAGAUCCUGCCAGUGUUACCCAGGCUGGAUUGGCAGUGACUGCUCCCAGCCCUGUCCACCUGCGCACUGGGGUCCAAACUGCAUCCACACCUGCAACUGCCACAACGGAGCCUUUUGCAGCGCCUAUGACGGGGAGUGCAAAUGCACUCCUGGCUGGACGGGGCUCUACUGCACUCAGAGAUGCCCUCUGGGCUUCUAUGGCAAGGACUGUGCACUGAUAUGCCAAUGUCAAAAUGGAGCUGACUGCGACCAUAUCUCGGGGCAGUGUACCUGCCGCACAGGAUUCAUGGGACGGCACUGUGAACAGAAAUGCCCUGCGGGAACAUACGGCUAUGGCUGUCGCCAGAUCUGUGACUGUCUGAACAACUCCACCUGUGACCACAUCACUGGCACGUGUUACUGUAGCCCAGGAUGGAAAGGGGCACGAUGUGACCAAGCUGGGGUUAUCAUCGUGGGCAAUCUGAACAGCUUAAGCCGGACCAGCACCGCCCUUCCUGCUGAUUCCUAUCAGAUCGGGGCCAUCGCGGGCAUCGUGGUCCUCGUUCUUGUUGUGCUCUUCCUGCUGGCAUUGUUCAUCAUCUACAGACACAAGCAGAAGAGGAAAGAAUCGACCAUGCCGGCCGUGACCUACACCCCCGCCAUGAGGGUCAUCAAUGCAGACUAUACCAUCGCAGAAACCCUGCCUCACAGCAAUGGUGGAAAUGCCAACAGCCACUACUUCACCAAUCCCAGUUAUCACACACUUAGCCAGUGUGCCACAUCCCCUCAUGUGAACAACAGGGACAGGAUGACCAUUGCAAAGUCAAAAAACAAUCAGCUGUUUGUGAAUCUUAAAAAUGUGAAUCCAGGGAAGAGGGGCACUUUGGUCGACUGCACUGGGACAUUGCCAGCUGACUGGAAGCAAGGAGGCUACCUCAAUGAGCUUGGAGCUUUCGGGCUGGACAGAAGCUACAUGGGAAAGUCCUUAAAAGAUCUGGGGAAGAACUCUGAAUAUAAUUUAAGCACUUGCUCCCUAAGCAGCUCUGAAAACCCAUAUGCCACCAUUAAAGACCCGCCUGCACUCCUGCCUAAAAGCUCCGAGUGCGGCUACGUGGAGAUGAAGUCGCCAGCGCGGAGAGACUCCCCAUAUGCAGAGAUCAACAACUCAACUCCAGCCAACAGGAAUGUCUAUGAAGUCGAACCUACAGUGAGCGUUGUGCAAGGAGUAUUCAGCAACAGCGGUCAUGUCACCCAAGACCCAUAUGACCUUCCAAAGAACAGUCACAUCCCUUGCCAUUAUGACCUGCUGCCAGUAAGGGACAGUUCAUCCUCCCCAAAGAGAGAAGAUGGUGGUGGCGGCAACAGCAGCAGCAGCAGUAGCACCAGCAGCAGUAGCAGCAGCAGUGAAUGACAUCAAAGGACUACUGGGUGACCAUUGGUACUCUUUCCAAGCCUUCAGUUCAUCUCCAGUUGGCACUGCAGAUGACCGUGAAAUACUCUAAUAAGCAGUUGUUGGAUGUGUACCAGAAAGCCCCAAGCCGAGGCUGACACCCAUCGAGGUGUGUUGUGAACACAGGGUUUGGAAGGAGAGAGCUUCAUGAGUUCACAUUGCUGUUAGGUUAGGCAUGGCACCAAAUGACUUGUUUUAAGAUGUUGGCUGAUGAGGUGAACUUCGCAGAACCUUUCUGAGACACAGACUGGUGGAGACAUUGUAUUGUCACCUGGAAAACUAAAGUCUAUUUGUUGUCCUUAGCAUCACAGAGCCACUCCUAGGAUCGUGCAGGUCACCAUAUAUUUACCUAAGAAAAGUGAAAAUUGCUAAACGUGUAGGAGACAGGAAUAUAUUCCUGAGUCCUUCUUGCAUAAUGUUUUUUUUCCGUUUGGACAGAAUCAGGAUCAGAAGCAUUCUGUCAGAUGAUAGGACUGGAUAGCAAUGGGAGCAAAUCUAAAUAUAAAAAUGUUAUGUUUGUUUUUAGGGUGAGAAAUGUAUAAUUAGAAUUAUUUUAGACGUAGUGUAAUUAUUGCAGAAAUCAAUACAUAAAUAUGGUACUUCUGUUUGACCUUUGGCCCAUGUUAGUUAGAUUCUCGACAUCAUUCUAAUUGCUGUCCCAUCAUGCAUAUUUACCACUUGAGGUACAUAACUUAUCAGUUAUUCAUAAUACAAAGAUGCAAUCGUUUUAUUUUUUUUUUGAUUGAGUGAGUGUCUAGUGAGUGGCAAAGGGUAUACAUUUUACAUGUAUGAUGCUUGGGUUAGAGGAACCAUUAGUAAUACUUGCUGUAAUAUAGACUUAGAGGGACGUUUUCCUUAAUAUUUUUCCCUACAAGUGACUGAAAUAUUUUUGAAAAUAUUUGGGAAAAGGGCACUUGUCUUAUUAACUGUUGAUUUAGAGAAACUAUGCUUAAGCUGGCCUUUCGCAUUGCUAAUGUGACAUGCACUCAUUACCUUUUAGUUUGUAUUUUCAUUAAGUCGUGUACUCUGUUGUGUAGUGUUUGGAUUAUUAAUGCAGAAUUAUAAUGUGUCCAUUGUUUCCUGAAUCCUUACCAUUCAUCUUCUGCUCGAUAAGAAGGCCUCAUUUUUCUUUUGGAGGGAGGAAAUGAAAACAUACAAUUUGAGCCUAUUAAAAUUGGUUGUUGCUAAAAUAGUAGAGUAGCCAUAGGUGCGUAGCUGAUCACUGGAAUGGAACUUUCUCAUAGUCCACAGUGGGGCUCUUCUGGGUGAUGUUAGGUCCUUGAGUCUUGGUUAAAGUCAGGAAGAAGGAGCAAUGAGUACUACCAGUGAUUUCAUCAUAAUCUUCAAUAACUGAGCAUCUAAACUAGGACACUUUGAAUAGUAAAUGAGGACAUUACUAAUAAUCACCAGGCAUUGGGUUUAAAUAUAGACUGUUCCCAGCAGACCAGAACAAAUGCUUGCCUGAUAUACACAAUUGCAGACACGGCUUUACCCCAAGGCUUUUGUCUCAUAAGAAUGCCAAUAUGAUACAAGAAAUCACUGUUAGACAUGAGCAUACAGAAGCGAGGAAAGGCUGUGAGCACGUGCAACAUCAGAGCAGAAUGAAAUGAAGGCCCACAUGACAUUCUCUUGGAGUCUAUUAAUAGCUGACCACUACAUUCAUCUACUAAUGGUAGCUAUAAAGUGUUAUCCUAGUCUGCCCCUGAGGGGAAAUGUCUAGUCAUUUUGCAUUUGGUACCUGUGCCUAUCAUGAUGGGUUAAUUUGGUCAGGUGAAUAGUUCAGCAAAUGCACUUAGGGCAAUUGUUCUUAUAUUAUCUGGAAUAUUUAGAAACAAUCAAUUUUUUUCCCCAGUAGGUAAGCUUUGGCUGAUCCCUAGGGAAUAAGCAUCAAACAGACACAUAGGUUAGCAGCUAUAGGCAUCCUUCCUACUAAGAGAAGGUUGAAUACUUUCCCUUUUUUUUCCUCCUUAAAUAUCAUCUCUUUUAAGUAUGCUGGUAAGAUUGAGGUCCCUGUGACACUAUAGAGAUAGGUUUUGUUUGCUUGUUUGUUUGUUUCUUAAAUCUGUCUUUCUUCAUUGUACCAUUUGGGAAAAAAAAAAAAAGAAUUUAUGUGCAACGGUGAGAGGAACUUACCAGGAAACCCACAGAGAAGAUUCCAAACAGCUGUACUAUAAAGUGGGAAUGACACGCCCAUAAGCUACCAUGUGGAAUCCUGUUGAUACCCAUAUCCUAACACAAGCUGACCUUCCUGAGCCUGUGUCUAAGGCAGGGUUUACCUAGAAAUUUCCUCAAGACUUUCUCAAAGUCAGAACACUUCACUUUUCAGACACUGUAAAAAUCCCAUGUUGUCUUUGGAGACACAGCAUCAUUUUCUAGAUAUUUUGCUGUAAUUUCUCUCUGGUAUCCUACAGAAGUGUGCACUGGAUGAGUUUGGCAAUGCCUUGUAUGGGACAUCCAUAUGUGAGUUGCCUUAGAAAUUGAUGUUUUAAAAUUUUUCACCAUUUAUUGUCUUUGUACAGCAUUAUAUCAGAACUUGCCAAGAUGAUAACUCAUAUACUUGCUUUUAUCAGGAGAAUAUGAUAUUGGUGGUUAAUUCUACAAUAUGGGAAUCUUCAUAAUUACUCAGAGUGUUAGGCAGCCCCUUCCCAUAGAGUACUAGUAAUGGACAGAAUUCAAUGUGUUUAGCAACGUUUUUUGUGGGUAUUGGCUGACUACAGAAAAACUGACCUUAGACAUUUACAACAGAGCAGCAUAGGGUGUCAUAGCCAAAUCCAUUAGCAUAAUACCUCCUGAUCAUGAGAAAUGCAGGCAACUUUAUGAAAAUAUGGUUAUCUUGAUGUCAGUGGGCCAUAAUAGUGGUCAGUCUUAGGGAACUUUUCAACCAAAUAUAACUCCAAGGUCAAACAAAAGCAGCAUAAUAUUAUCAACUUGAUAUUAAGUAAGACAAAAAUCAUUAAAAUCAAAUCUUAGGAUUAUGGUUUUAAAAUAAUGAAUUUUCCAUCUCUGGGUAACAUGCCCGUAUUAUUCCAAGGAAACAUUUAAGGGCUAUUUUGAUUUUAAAGGCUUACUGCCGUGGGCAUGUACAGAGGCUGGGUGGAAUGGUUGCUUAUGAAGCAGGGGCUACACACAGCAAACUGUCCCGUAGAGUCCUGGUCACCAUUUUUGUCUCAGCUUUGUUUUGAUAUGACCAAAUGGCAGUAUUUCUCUCUCUAUUUUUUAAGGAGAAAAACUGAGAAUGCAGUAUGGUUUACUUGGUAAUUGCAAGCAGAAUGAAUGCUUUAAGUGUCACGCUUACUCUCUCUUUCCCAAAGACAAUAAACCCCCCUCAGAAUUAGUCUCGUUGUCAUUUGUACUGCCAAAUAGUCAAUAGAUGAAUGCAAUAAACUUUCCCAUUAA